AUUUGUUGGUGUUAAUGCAUCUGACAUCAACUACUCAGCAGGACGAUACGACCCUUCAGUCAAGACCCCCUUCGAUGUAGGUUUUGAAGGUGUGGGUGAGGUGGUCGCCUUGGGCCUCUCCGCCAGUGCCAGGCACACCGUUGGCCAAACUGUGGCUUACAUGUCACCGGGCUCUUUUGCUGAGUACACAGUGGUGCCGGCCAGCAUUGCCACUCCAGUGCCCUCUGCCACACCCGAGUACCUCACCCUGCUGGUAAGUGGUACCACCGCAUACAUCUGCCUGAAAGAGCUCGGCGGGCUGAAGGAAGGGAAGAAAGUGCUGGUGACGGCAGCUGCUGGGGGGACAGGCCAGUUUGCCGUGCAGCUUGCGAAGAAGGCCGGGUGCCACGUCAUCGGAACCUGCUCUUCUGAGGAGAAGUCUGCUUUCCUGAAGUCUGUUGGCUGCGAUCGUCCCAUCAACUAUAACACCGAGCACGUGGGUACCGUCCUGAAGCGAGAGUACCCCGGAGGCGUGGAUGUGGUCUAUGAAUCCGUGGGGGGUGCCAUGUUUGACUUGGCGAUCGAUGCCUUGGCCACCAAAGGGCGCCUGAUAGUCAUUGGGUUUAUCUCUGGCUACCAAACUCCUACUGGCCUUUCGCCUGUGAACGCAGGAACUUUACCCGCCAAACUGCUGAGGAAAUCCGCCAGCAUCCAGGGCUUCUUUCUAAACCAUUACCUUUCUGAGUACAGAGCAUCCAUGGACCACUUGGUCAAGAUGUGUACCAGUGGAGACCUCGUGUGCCAGGUGGACCUGGGUGACCUGUCCACAGAGGGCAGGUUUACUGGCCUGGAGUCCGUGUUCCGGGCUGUCGAUUACAUGUACAUGGGGAAAAACACGGGGAAGAUUGUAGUUGAAUUACCUCACCCUGUCAACAGCAAGCUGUAAAAACCGAACAUCGGCAUAAAUCAGAAGGGAAAGGAAGUGGGUACUUGAUGCUUCAGAAUCACUCAAAUCAAUUUAUUUUCAGUCAUUAAUGGAGAUAAUAUUUCUUAAAAUGAAAGUAAGUUGUUACAACCUAGGUUUCUCUUUUUCUUCCCUUUUUUUUCUUUUUUUACCCCUCUCUUGAAAAAAAAAAAAAAAGUGCUAAUAAAACUUCCCUCCGUGGCUCAGAGGUAAAACCUUUACAUUCAACCCUUUGGUCAUGGACAGUCUCAUUCCAGAUUUUAUUGUUCCUGGGAACUAAAUUAAUUCCUGAUGGGAGAGCUGAUCAAAUCAGUAUGUCUUCAGCUUGAUGAGAUUUUAAAAUUGGUCUUAAAAAUAGUUCACAAAUUCUUUGCUUUGGGAGAGUUUGGUCUUGGGCUAAUGAGUAGUUAAUAAGUGAGAGAUACCGCAAAAAAUCGGCACUAUUUCCGAGUGCACAUUCUGAGGAAAUGGCCCUUUGUAGCCUAUAAAUCACUAGCCAACUAUCCAAACAGAAAUUUGGAGGGAUUCUUCCAAAACUUUGAUUUUUGUUAGAUUAUUAGCAAAAAUGAUCAAGCGAAUACAGACCCAUCUAAAAGAAGUCAAUUGUAUUAGAGGCUUUUGUGCCUGCGAGGCACAUGUGGAAUGGAAAAUUUCACUCCUCCCUUAAGCAAAUCGGUGCUGAAAACAUACACAGGCAAAAAGCAAGGUUGGGAGAGGGGACAACAGAUUCGGGGGCUUUAAGAACUUAAUACAUGUCCAGGAAAGGUGUGUGUCCCAUCCACAAUGAGGGUCUGCCUAACAGAACAUGGGCCACGCAGGGCAGGCCGCUCUGGGCACACCGCGGGAGGGUCCUCACAGACGCUGGGGCAGAACAGAACAGACUGCAGGGCGCACAGUCGGGACCAAGAUCUACAGCAAGAACACACUGGGUCUGUGUCAGGCUGUCUGGCAUGGAAGGUGUGUUUCACCUCUGAUCAUGGGAACAAUAGCAGCCCCUGCUCCUAGGUUUCCGUUUGACUUCUCCCAGGUUCUGGUGGAGUGAGAUGCCUCUUGUCCCGGGCAUCUGAUGUCACACAUGAAUGUAACGAGUCAAGUGCCUUCACUUCUGAAUCAUGCCUGGAGCUGAUCCACCCGCCUGCUAACCUUCAGCUCACCAAAGGCGGCUGCAGCCUUCCUUGUGGACUAGGAAAUCCCACGGUGCCUUCUCUGAUCGAAGGCAGAGCCCGCCAGAUGAUUUCACAGCCCAGGGUUUCCGCAUCUCUCACGUGCUAAAUAAAUAGGAAGACAAUUAAAAGCCCAGAAAACUUGGUGACCAUAUUUAAUUUUUCUUGCCUUCCGUCUGAGGAGGCAAGGGAAUGCUACUGCCCCAUAGCUGUUCGUAUCUGUUUUACAAGAUUUACUCAUUUUCAGGUACCUAAUGUCGCUGCUAGCAUGCAUGCACAACAAUACAAUUUAUAUGGUAAAUGGGACCAAAUCACGGCUUCACUGAAUGUUAUGGCUGCACUGAAGGGAAAUGUCACGGUAAAUAGCUGCCAAAUUAUGGAUCAUGCCGAAGUGUCACAACUGCACUAAAGACAAAUGGCACUGGAGGCUAUUGCCACCGCGGGCCUGUGAGUUAUGAGGGAGGGUAGCGGCCUGAUGCGAGGCUCUUUGUGUCCUCAUUAUAGCAGAGGGUUACCGGCGCAGGGGACACGGGAAGCCGGUCCAGUGCCGGGCUUGGUUAUUAAUCUGUCCCUUUCAGCCCUAGCGGCGGUGGCAGAACAGAGAGGGACUCAGCCUGGCUUUCAGAUCCACAAACACACAAGGGAAGGGGACAAGUUUCACGAACCACCGGAAAUGGCUGGUCACGGAAAACCGUGUCCAUCAGACCAUCUCAUCAGAGCAUAGUAUUAAAUUGAACGCCGUGUGUGUCUGCUGGCUGGGUUGUUCCUUAUGCAGGUAGACGUGUGACGUGGGAAAUCUAAGCGGAAAUGCACUGCUCCCUUUGUGGAGACUUGAGGGGGGAGGACAUCGCCAACUAAAUUGCUUCUUCUAAACUGAA